GCCUGGGCUCGAGACCAGAACUGUUCGGAUUUAACAGUCCGUGGACGGACGGCCGGGGUCUGGGAGUCCGGUGACCGGGCUGUGGUCUAGCAUAAAGGCGAGGCCCAAAAGAAGGGGCAGGGCGUGGGAGAAGCCUCCCUGCCCGCCCCACAAUGUGGACUCUGGUCCUGCUGCUGCUGCUCCCCUCUGCCUUGGUGCCCCCCUCCGCUGCAGCACCGAUCCGCGAUGCUGAUGCCCAGGAGAGCUCCUCGGGUAUUCUGGGCCUCCAGAGCCUAAUCCAAGGCUUCACCCGGCUGUUCCUCAAAGAUGACUUUCUGCGGGGCAUGGACAGUUUCUUCUCUGCCCCCAUGGACUUCCGGGGCCUCCCCAGGAAUUACCACCAAGAAGAGAACCAGGAGCACCGGCUGGGGAACAACACUCUCUCUAGCCACCUCCAGAUCGACAAGGUGACAGACAACAAAACUGGAGAGGUGCUGAUCUCCGAGCAGGUGGUGGCGUCCAUUGAGCCGGGAGAGGGGAAUUUGGAGAGUGACUGGAAGGUGCCCAAGAUAGAGGAGAAGGAGGCCCUGGUGCCUGUCCCUAAAGCCAUCGACACCUUCCGCCCUGAACCCCAUCCCCGAGUUGCCUUCUGGAUCAUGAAGCUGCCACGCAGGAGAUCCCACCAGGAUGUUCAGGAGGGCGGCCGCUGGCUCAGCGAGAAGCGACACCGCUUGCAGGCCAUCCGGGACGGGCUCCGCGAGGGGACCCACGAGGACAGCCUCAAAGAGGGGACCCAGGGAUCCUCCCACUCAAAGCUGCCCGCCCGCAAGACCCACUUCCUGUACAUCCUCAGGCCCUCCCAGCAGCUAUAGGGGUGGGGAGGGAGCUGGAGAACACCUGCAUGUACCCCCCCCCCACCAGACCCCACCCCAAGCUCCAUAUGGAAAUAAAGUUCUUACAUCUAGCA